AUGGCCGUGGGGCUGGCCGUGGGGCUGGCCGUGGAGCUGGUCGUGGGGCUGGAAGUCGGGCUGGCCGUGGGACCGGCCGUGGGGCUGGCAGUCGGGCUGGCCGUCAGGCUGGCCGUGGGGCUGGCCGUGGGGCUGGCAGGCUGGCCGUCGGGCUGGCUGGCGGUCGGGCUGGCUGUGGGGCUGGCCGUGGGGCUGGCCGUGGGGCCGCCCGCGGGGCUGGCAGUCGGGCUGGCCACGGGGCGGGCCCACGGGCUGGCCGUCAAGCGGGCCGUGGGGCUGGCAGUCGGCCAGGCAGCGGGGCAGGCAGUCGGGCUGACCGCGGGGCUGGUCGCCAGGCUGGCCGUGGGGCUGGCCGUUGGGCUGGCCGUCGGACUGGCCAUGGGGCUGGCAGUCGGGCUGGCCAUGGGGCUGGCAGUCGGGCUGGCCGUCGGGCUGGCCGUGGGGCUGCCAGUCGUGUUGGCCGUGGGGCUAGCCGUGGGGGCUGGCAAAGGGCUAGCCUCGGGGCUGGCCGUCGGGCUGGCCGUCCAGCUGGCCGCGGGGCUGGCCGGGCUGGCCGUGGGGCUGGCAGCAGGGCUGGCCGCGGGGCUGGUUGCCAGGCUGGCCGUGGGGCUGGCCGUCGGACCAGCCGUGGAGCUGGCAGUCGGCCUGGCCGUGGGCUUCAUGGGGCUGGCCGCGGGGCUGGCAGUCGGGUUGGCAAUGGGGCUCGCCGCGGGGCUGGCCGUCGGGCUGGCCGUGGGGCAGGCCGCGGGGCUGGCAGUCGGGCUGGCCGUCGGGCUGCCCGUCGGGCUGGCCGUCGGGCCGGCCGCCCGGCUGGCCGUGGGGAUGGCCAGGCUGGCCGUGAGACCGGCCGUGGGGCUGGCAGUCGGGCUGGCCGCGAGGCUGGCCGUCGGGCUGGCCGCGGGGCUGGCAGGCAAGCUGGCCACGGGGCUGGCCGUCGGGCUGGCCGUCGGGCUGGCCGUGAGGCUGGUCUGGCUGGCCGUGGGACUGGCCGUAGUGCAGGCCGUCGGGCCGGCCGCGGGGAAGGCAGUCGGGUUGGCCACGGGGUGGGCCAACGGGCUGGCCGUCCGGCGAGCCGAGGAGCUGGCAGCCGGGCAGGCCGUGAGGCUGGCAGUCGGGCAGCACGGGCAGCACGGCGCCGCCGGAGAGCCGGCGGCAGCGGCAGCAGCGGUGGCGGCGGACGGCUCGAGCCAGACGGCUUGA